CUCCUUGUUUUAGUAUUCACGGGAAAGCAAAAACUAGGACUAACGGUCGUAGUUGUACUGAUGGAUGGCGGUGUCAUGCGGCGUUUAAACCUAGUGUCUACACAAACCAGACUUACCUCGGCUGUCAAUACCCUUAUCUGAAGCUAGCAGAGGGUUUAUGCGUGACGCGUGAUUAGACUUAUAAGAUGAUAUGUGAUGCGUGAAGUUAUAAACGUGACCAACGACUUUUAACUUUCAUACGGGAAACCUCAGACUUUCCUUGCACACAAGAAAAGAGAAAAAAUUGUGUGAUUCUGCGAUGACCUUCUGAGUGGACUUAGGUAACAUGAUAACGCUGUUGAAAAGUUGGCUUAACACGGGAAGCUCACAGCACUCACCAUCUCAUCUUCCAGUUCGAAACAUGGGUGACAAUGGCCGGUCUCGAUCGCUUCUUCACGGUAGAAAAGGCUCUAAAUCUCGAGGUUAUUCGACUUUCGAUCCUGGAGGAUCAAUAGACAGUGGAGUUCUAACCACCGAAGAGCUUGACAGAAAUUCUAAGGGGAGGAAACCAAAGACUUCAGCAAUUGAAGACGGAAGGGAGAGUGUUUCAGUUUCGUGGGAAAACAUCGAUGUGUUUGUCGAGCUACCCGGACCUUCUUUCUUGAAACGUUUGUGUUUUAGAACAGGAGACAAUGAGAGGCCGGCAACCAAGCAAGUUCUUUUCAAUGUGAGCGGCAUGGUCGAAGCUGGUACUUUGUUAGCUGUUAUGGGAUCAAGCGGAGCAGGGAAGUCCACCCUUAUGAAUGUAUUAGCUCAUCGUAACAUCAGCCAGGUGGAAGUAAGGGGGACUGUGAAAGUCAAUGAUCGUCCAAUCGGAGCCGAGAUUAACAGCAUGUCUGCUUACAUUCAACAAGAGGAUAUCUUCAUUGGAUCUCUAACUGUUCGAGAACAUUUGACGUUUCAGGCCUUUUUGCGCAUGGGAAAGAACGUUCCUAAAAGGCAGCGGAUUGAACGUGUCGAGGAAGUGAUACUUCAGCUUGGACUCACAAAGUGCGCUGACACAUACAUUGGAAUACCAGGACGGCUGCGGGGGAUCUCGGGAGGAGAAAAGAAGAGACUUUCAUUCGCCUCGGAGGUCAUCACUGACCCGCCAUUGCUGUUUGCUGAUGAACCAACCUCAGGACUUGAUUCAUUCCUGGCUCAGAGUUUAGUAACAGCACUGCAGCAGCUUGCAGCUCAGGGAAGGACAAUCAUCUGCACAAUCCAUCAACCAUCCUCUGAUGUAUACGCCAUGUUUGACAGCAUCUUGUUACUGGCAGAAGGAAGAACAGCCUACAUGGGUUCUAGAGCUGACGCAAUUGAGUACUUUGAACGUCUGGGUUACCCCUGUCCAGUCAAUUUUAAUCCCGCUGAUCACUUUAUUCAUACUCUGGCUAUCGUGCCUGGUGAUGAGGAAAACUGUCACACAAGGGUCAAGGAAAUCUGUGAUGCCUACAGGGAGAAUAGCACUGACUCUUCAGAAGCCUUAGAAAAACAAGACUCUUUCAAAGAUGACGUUUACACACGUUCACCGUACAAAGCAUCUUGGUGUCAGCAAUUUCGCUCUGUAUUUUGGAGAUCUUGGCUGACCAAUAAUCGAGAUGUCGUGAUUUUUAGAAUCAGACUUUACCAAAGUAUAGUAAGUGACGAUUACUCACGAACUGAACCUUACAGGUUAAGUGCAUUUAAAGCAAUUCCGGGAGAUAAGACUUUCCCGGAAGAGCUUUCUGUGUUUUUACGGGAACACCAUAACGGCAUGUAUCGUUCUGAUGUCUACUUCUUGUCCAAGACCACUGCUGAGGUGCCUUUGUUUUUAGUUAAUCCUCUCUUCUUAAUUUCUAUUGCUUACUGGAUGAUAGGUUUGCGUCAACAAAUACUCAGGUUUCUCUAUGCAUACGGAAUCUUUGCUUUGAUCAGUAUGGUGGCUGUAUCCUACGGUUACACUGUGUCCACGCUUUCCCCGACAGUAGCGGUGGCCUCAGCUAUCAGUGCACCCUUACUUCUUCCUCUGUUGUUACUAGGAGGCUUCUAUGUCAAAAACACGACGAUACCAGUAUGGCUUUCUUGGUUGCAAUACGUAUCAUGGUUCAACUAUGGAUUUGAGGCCAUGCUUGUCAAUCAAUGGGAUGGUUAUGGUGGUAAAAUUUGUUCUGGGAAAAAUAAAACAGAUUGCAUCAGUGGAGACCAAGUUCUUAAUGACCUCGGCGUAAACAAGGAUAACGGGCUUAUAGACAUCUACGCAUUGCUGGCACUCACGAUAGGGUUCCGUUUCAUCGCGUAUCUAUUUCUAUUGAAGAAAGCUUACAAGAAACCCUAAUCAACGAAAUCAACAAAGGCGUGUAUGCUUAACAGAAAAGCCACGUCUUCUUUUACAGACUAAAUAAACGAUGUUCUUUCACUGAAAGUAAAAUAUAAAGUAAAGCAAAACAGCCACGUUUGUUAAUAAAGUGAAAAGUUCAUCAGUUAUUUAGUUGAAAAGUCAAUAAAUAAAUAAAUAAAGAACUAA